AUGAGUACUGGAAUUUCAAACUUCGGUUCAAAGGUAGGUGGGCUUAGACUUAUGCCAAGCAUUCAAAUUUCCAGAGCAGCAACAAAAACACCAAAAUUGUCCCAUGGCUACAAGAAUCAAAUCUCAUGCUCAAUUGCUCAACCAGAAACAUUGGAAGUUGUCCAAAGCACAAUUGCCAAACAGCUAUCUAUUGAUGAAAGUACAGUGACACCUCAGACUAAAUUUGCUGAUUUGGGUGCUGAUUCCCUUGACACUGUGGAAAUAAUGAUGGCAUUAGAAGAGAAAUUUGGAGUGUCAAUUGGAGAAGAGGGAGCUCAAAAUAUUGCUACUGUCCAAGAUGCUGCUGAUCUCAUUCAGAAAUUGCUGCUCCAAAAAAGGUAGUGAAAUAGCUCCCCUUUUACAUUCUAUUUAGAUAUGGUGUAUAGUGUAUUCAUGCUCUAGCCUUGGUUUUACUGCCUAGUAUAUUGGAAAAUGUUAGCUUAAUUCUAGUCAUAACUCAUAAUCAUGAAUAGGUUCCAUAAUCAGGUAAGCAGUGGAGUGUUUAUUUUUCCAUGUUUUGAGUAAUCUUUUAUCAA